UUUAGAAAAAGACGGAACGAGCCCACCUAUCCGUCAUUUUUUACCUACUGGAGGUGUUCCAAUACUUUUGUUCACACAGUGUAUUUUGGAUUAGUGCAGGUACCGUCCCUCAGUGAGCGUCCAACGAGUGAGGCGUGACGCUGGAGCGUGUUUACGCAACAGAUGGUGCGUUUGAGGGAAUCUGUUUUUUUUGGCUUCCACUCUUUGGCAUGCUAUCGGGGCUUCAGCUUGAAUUCCAAACAUCAAGCCAAAUGUGUCGCUGACCAAAAAUGUUCAAUCUAAAUUUGUCCCAUCCAAAUUGUGGGCGUUCCCUGUCUUCAUGUUCCUGUGCUGUUAAAAGAACAGCUUAAGCACUUGUCUUCCUUGUGCAAUGAAAGAUGAUGGGUGCUUCAUCGUCACAAAGAACAUUCCAAUUCAAACCUGGCGAGAACACGAGCCAAACCUUCUUGGCGACUGCGGCUCAGAUUCACAACAUUUUCCAGCGGAGACAAUCAGACGGCGUCUCCCUUUGGUGAAUUUGAUGAAGGACAGGAACCACAAGAACCACAAGCAUCAACAAGCUUUUGCUAAUCACUUCCAGACGGUGGGAAUGGUAUCUGCAGGAGGGAGUCUUUGGUGGUGUAGUGGUUCGCAAAGCUGACUUUUGUGCUGCUGGCGUGGGUUCAAUUCCAACGAAAGGCAAGCCGUCUUUCCUCAGGAUGAUUGACAGCCCCUGUACCUGAUCAUCAGGAUGCCCGCGGGGCCGGCGAGCGGGACAUCCUCCUGCCAGCACGUGGUUCCGGUCACCCUCACCUUCUCAUGGCUCCUGCUGCUCUUCCACACCGCCUUUGGCCAGAAACCUGCCAAGCUGCCUCUGACUGGCCGCAAGCCCUUCAUCGCCGCCUGGAACGCCCCCCUGGACAUGUGCGCCAUCAAGUACAACGUCACCGCAAACCUGGACCGCAUCUUCCACAUCCACGGCAGCCCGCGCUCUGACUGGACGGGCCAGAACGUCACCAUCUUCUACGCCAACCGGCUUGGUUACUACCCCCGCUACACGCCGCAGGGCGCUGCCGUGCAUGGUGGCGUGCCGCAGAACUGCAGCCUGGACAUGCACCUGUUCAAGGCGUACCAGGACAUCAAGCACUUCAUUCCCACAGAGGACUUUCGUGGCUUGGCCGUCAUCGACUGGGAGUUCUGGCGCCCUCAGUGGAACCGCAACUGGCACAAGAAGGACAUCUACCGGCGGAAGUCUCGCGAGCUGACCACCAAGGCGUACAUCAACGUGACAACGGCGCAGGUGGAAGAGCUGGCACGGCGCCGCUUCGAGAAGAGCGCCCAGGCGUUCAUGCAGAGGACCAUCCAGCUGGGGACGCGGCUCCGCCCCAACGGCCUCUGGGGGUUCUACCUCUACCCUGACUGCCACAACUACAACCUCCAUGAGGAGAACUACACGGGCCUGUGCCCCCUGCUGGAGAGCCUGAGGAACGACGAGCUACGCUGGCUGUGGAACAGCAGUACAGCGCUCUUCCCCUCCAUCGCCAUCAGGAAGAGUCACACCAACAGCGUCAGCAACCUCCAUUUCUCACGCCACAGGGUGAGAGAGGCACUGCGCGUGGCCUCGCUCACCUCCAAGGACUACGACCUGCCCACAUACGUCUACCUGAGGCUGGGGUACCGCGAUGAGGCGCUCACAUUCCUCACCACUAAAGACCUGGUCCACACCAUCGGGGAGAGUGCAGCACUCGGCGCCGCUGGCUUCGUCAUCUGGGGCGACCUGAACCUGACGUCGUCUCGGCACAACUGCAGCAAGGUCAGGUGGUUCGUGAGCCACCGUCUGGGUCAGUACAUCACCAACGUGACGCGAGCGGCCGAGGCGUGCAGCGACUACCUCUGCCAGGGCAACGGCCGCUGCGUCCGCCGCAACCCGCAGGCCCGCCACUACCUCCACUUGAGCGCCGACAGCUACCGCAUCCGGCCCUCGGUCGACGGCGACUUCGCCGUGAGCGGGUGGCACUCGCCGCGGGACCUGCGGCUCCUGAGCGAGCGAUUCCGAUGCCACUGCUACGAGGGUCACGACGGCGAGCGCUGCGACAGCAUCAACGAGGUCGGGGAGGACGAUGGGCCGUGGGCCGACGAGGACGACGAGCAGGAGCGGCAGAGGACGGAGUGGGAGGACGAGCAACGGGGACGGGUGGAGGGAGAGAGGAGUACAGCGCCACCAAGCUGCAGCGGCCGGCGUUUAUCGUUACUGAUGCUCCUGUUGAACCUGACUGUACUCAAAGCACUUGACGACGUCUUUGUUAGCCUGCUAACAGGGAUGCUGACAUGCUAACACCUGUGGCUCACAAUUAGGAAUGUAAUUAGCAUAGCAGUAAAUCAACAAUAAUGCCAAAGUAUCAGAAGAACAAAUCACUUUUAAUCCAAUUCCUCCAGUAACUAGCACUGAUUAAAAAAAAAACAACAACAACAACAACGCAAUGUUAGCAUGUUUGGCAACUGAAGGCAAGCUAACACAUCCGAGCAGUGGCGGUUAUUUUCUAGGUAGCUCUCGCUCUGUUGGUUGUUGUCACUACGCAAACCGCACACUUGAUGACAUGUUUGUUAGCCUGCUAACAGUGGUGCUAACAUGCUAACACCUGUGAAUCACAAUGAGGAAUGUAAUUAGCAAUGUAAUAAGUCGUCAAUAACGCCAAAGCAUCAGAGGAGCGACGGCGCCAGAGUAAACAUCACUUUUCAUCCAAUUCUUCCUCAUAAAUGUUAGCAUGUCAGCGACAUUUCACCUAUUUUACGCUCAUUGGCCCUUUUAAUUAGCAUUUCGACAGCUUUGAAGGCAGGCAAGCUGACCAAAAAAGACACAUCUGUGCUCGUCUCCCCUCCAACCAACCAAUCUCUACAACACAAUGAUUUUGAGUUUUGUUUUCAAAACGUUAGUAUGCAGCGAGCAUGCAGAUCGACGGAUGACGUAGAUUACACAUGCCUAACACGUGACUACCGAAAAAUAGGCCCGACCGGAUGUAGACGCGUUCCGCACGUGCGUAGAACCGACUGCGUAGUGACAGUUGUUUCGUAUGGCUUCGUAUGACAGCUAGCUUGUCCAAAACAUGACGUCAUAAGCUUUUUUUACUUCCAUGUUAUAUACUGGUGCUUGUAUUACAUUUUAGGACGUACUAUGUGAACCAAAUAUGUGUUUUAGCCUUUACUCUCAUUUUGUGUUGGUUUUAUUAACACAAACAAACAUGUGUAUUCUAUAUAUGGCGAUGCAGUCGUCCCUCGUGUGUGACUGUUAACUGGUCCCAAGGGGGGAAAAACAGGACGCAUUUUCGUGUUAUCUCGCAAAACUGUGUGAGGCUACAGGACACACUUCCGGUCAUAGCUUGCGUCCGUGUAGCGAAAAUCGGGUGGAAAUAUGCAUCACUUCAUUUCCAUCUUCAGCAUUUGCGCAUCCCUUACUGCACAAUUGUUGAGGUGUAAAGUGCUACUGUAACUAUAGGAACAAGCUUUCAAUUCCGUGAUGGUUACUCGGCUCGUCUUUUCAAAAUAAAAUGCGAAACAUAUAGCUAGCGUGGCUGGGUACACAUCUCUUUGAGUAAAGGUACCGGGAAGGAAAUACACUGAUUAGACAUACGUCGGAUUGUUUCACUUGUGUGCACUGCUUGUCGUGUCAGUAAGCCGUCAUCAGAACCUCAGCAAAUAAGCUGCUCUUAAUUUGAAGUUUCAACGCAAACAUCCGCUCUAAAGACGAAAGUACCGGAAGUAUUUUUUCCUUGUGUCCCCUCUGGGUCUCCGUAGGAUUCAAAUUAAUAAAUUUAUUGUUUUCGUAGUUACGGCAUAGCAAACCUGUUUACGAUUUUAAAAAUUAAUUGUUAACAUUACUAUAGCCCUGAAGACAUGAAAUGAGACUCACACGUUAGCAGUUCCUUGUUUUUUUCCGGACAGCAUACUUCCUUGCGGCUUUAAAUGUUCUUACGCUCGUAUUACCCGCUAUGGUAGACAAAAUAAGAGUAAAUAAACCAUUUCAGAAGCAAACACAACUCCGGCUCCAGCAGUGUCACAGUAAAUGUGUUCUCUUGACAACAUCACCGAACACCGACACCUAGUGGCCGACGUAGAGCGACGUCACAACAUUUUGAAAUGUGUAAAAUCAAGUCUGUGAUUACCUCUCUCUGAUCAAGCAUGACCUGCCCAGUACGACCUCACUACAAAAUAUAUAAGUUAGGCUGUGAAGAUCUGUCUUAAAAGUCAACAGAGUAGGUUUUAUAUUUUUUUGAUCAUCAUGUCCCCAGAGACUCUGCUAACAGAGCACACAUGCUCAGUGUCAGACUUUUGCAUCGCUAAAAUACGGGUUUUGUAACAUUGCUACGAUGUAGAAUACAGUUUCAUUUUGUGCUUCAUUCAGGCCAAGAAUAUAUAUGGAAUUUGCUUAAAUAUGCGUACUUUUCAAAUGAAUCUUGCGUGGCGUGAUGUAGCUGUGACAGACACUGAAGAGCACGUCGGCACAUAAUAGCAGACCUCGGCCCUUCUCUGCUUCCUCCCCAAAGUUGAACAGAGUGAAUGUAGGAAUAUGAGUCUGAGUGAAACCCUCCAACACUUAAACUGAGAGAAAUCAUGCUAACUAACCUAGCUUUUCCAUUUUCGCGCCGCAUUAGCGUGUGCUAGCACUACGCUGCUGACAUUUCCUGUUCGCCCCGGGAGUCAAACAUGUAGCACUUCUCUUUUUUUUUUUUUUUUUAAAACAGAUUUUCAUCUCACGUCCGCUGCAAAAAGUACUGUUUUUCUUUUUGAAUUCAUGUUUGUACGGUGAUUGUAGCGCAACGCGUUGCUACAUAGACACCUGAAUGUAAACGCACUGCAAAUAAAACGUG